AUGAAACCACCAACAAACGUAACGCCUCUUCAUGAUGUGGACAUCCCUACAAAGAAGGCUACAUUCGGCAUGGGAUGCUUCUGGUCCAACGAUUCACUAUUCGGCGCAACGCUGGGCGUAGUUCGGACUCGCGUGGGAUACUCGGGAGGCACCACUAAGAACCCACGCUACAGGAGCCUCGGUGAUCACACGGAGGUGAUAGAAUUGGAUUACGACCCAAAAACAAUCUCCUACGAAGAGCUGCUCGACAUGUUCUGGGCGAACCACGAGUAUGGGCUCACUACUAAGCUCAAGAGACAGUAUCAAUCAAUGAUCCUGUACCACAACGAAGAACAACGAGCGGCGGCCGAGGCAUCGCACAAACAAAUGCAAGUGAGCUGCAACGGCCAACUUCGCACGGAAAUUGCUCCCGCUGGUCAAUUCUAUCCCGCCGAAGACUAUCACCAAAAAUACCGAUUGCAAGGUCACAAGGAUCUCUGCCGUAGCAUUGGACUGGAUUCUUCGAAGCUGCAGACCUCCCACUUGGCAGCCAGACUCAACGGGUACUUAGUGGGAGUUGGCGGAAAAACUCAAUUUGAACAGGAAGUAGUGCGCUUGGGUCUGACCGAGAAACAAGCAGAAUAUGUGAGACGUGAAUUGGAACGCAAUGAAGGCGGUGGACUGGCCUGCUAG